CCAAGGGAUCCCGCCAAAAAAAAUUUAAACCCCAACCGUCCCCGUCCGCGAGCGCGCCCUCCCAUUGGUCGGGGACUGCGCGUGACGUCAUCGCCCGCCCAGCGACUCCACCCCAACGACAGUCGCGUCGGACGGUUUGGGGUGUCUCCACGAUUACCGUCCGGGUGGGACGGACGUUUCGCUGCAGUUUGGAUGCUGCCUGAACUGCUGUGCUCUUCCAGCACCACUGAUCCAGAAUCUGGGUUCCAGCAUCUGCAGUCAUUGUUUUUACCCAACUUCUUAAUGUCGAGCGAGUGUACCCUCAAUUACCGUCCGGGUGGGGCGCCCCUUCUGACUGACAGUAGUAUAGAUGCCUCCUCGAUUACCGUCCCAGUGGGGACCCCUUCUCCCCCCAUUACUGUCUCACGGCGCCUUGGGCGUCCCCUCUAUCACCCUCAGGGCGACUAUUCUCUGUGAAAAAUGUUCACCUGCCUCCCAAGCUCUCACUGGGAGACGGAUUCAUCGGCGAUCUCACCCUCCUCCCCCCAUACUGCAUUUUAAAAUUUCUUUUUGCAAGUAGUUGUAACUUUUCUCAAGUCGAGAAUGAAACAUGUCUUUCAUAACUAUAUGGGCCCACUAUUUUAGGCGGUAGUCCAGGCCUCUUGGUCGCAAUAGUAUUGUUGGACAGGGAUUAAGGCGUUCAAAACAAAUCCGAAUUCAGGGAUGUUAAAUGGGCGGACGUUGUCCUGUCAGCGAUAUUUUAGGAAGCGGAUUUUCUUAAUGGUCAUGACAAGAUCGAUACGAAACUUAAGCGGUGAUGUUUACGUCCAAUAUUCCAGAAUGAGAGAGGGGGCGGGGAGGAGAAAACAUGUGCGCUGCCUAACCGCAGUGUUUCCGGCUCGGUUGUAAAAACACGCCGACUUGGCUCUGUUACGGGUAAUUGUCCUCCUCCCCAGAUAAAUAUCAUGCCCUCCUGGGUCAUGAGGAGCUGCAGGGCCGUCAGAGCUGCUGCAAUCUGGCUGGGUACCCAUAGAUUUCCCCUGGCCAAUCCCCCAGGCCUGGCCAGCUGCUGCUGGAAUCUGCCGCCUCUGGCCUGCAGAAGGGGCAUCUCCCAGUCGGCUAUCCUUCGGGAGGGUCACCAUACAGAGGGUCCAGCCUGGCUGGACCCGGCCACCAACUCGCAAGAAAGGGAGAAAAGUUCAACUUCGCCUCCGUGCUGGCACAGACCUGUGAUGGUUAGGGAGGUGAUUGAUUUUCUGUCACCCAAACCGGGACAGAUAUUUUUAGAUAUGACUUUUGGGGCUGGAGGCCACACAAAAAUGAUCCUUUCCCAAGCUUCUGACAUCUCAGUGUUUGCCUUGGACAGAGAUCCAAUAGCACAUGAAAUUGCAAAACAGCUUUCCCAGACAUAUCCUGCUCGGAUUCAACCUUUUCUUGGAAGAUUCAGCCAGCUGGAGAGCUUAUUAGUGGCAUCGGGCGUAGAGACAGACACUUUUGAUGGAGUUGUCAUAGACGCAGGCUGCUCCUCUAUGCAAUUAGAUGUUCCUUGGCGUGGGUUUGCAUUAAGCAAAGAUGGUCCGCUUGACAUGAGAAUGGAUGGAGACAGGUACCCCGACAUGCCCACCGCAGCUGACGUGGUGAAUGCCUUAGAUCAACAGUCACUUGCGUCCAUCUUGAGGAUCUACGGAGAAGAAAGGCAUGCAAAGAAAAUAGCUGCAGCAAUCGCACAGGCACGCAGCAUCUAUCCCAUCACUCGCACUCAGCAGCUCGCCAGUAUAGUUGCAGGAGCAUUUCCAGCAGCAGCAAUGUACGCUCGUAAAGACCUGCUUCAGAGACCUGCGCAUGUGGCAACCAAAACAUUCCAAGCCUUGCGAAUCUUUGUGAAUGAUGAAUUGAAUGAGUUGUAUAAAGGACUUAAAACAGCUCAGAAAUUCUUGAAACCUCAAGGCCGCUUGGUUGUGUUAACAUUUCAUUCACUUGAAGACCGCAUUGUGAAACGAUUUCUGCAUGGUAUUGACCUAUCUGAGAGAUCCAACCAAAGUGCAAGGCAAAAGAUUAGACAAGGACUUAGAGAACAGAAAGAGGAUGGCGCAACCCACCCUGAACAGACAAUCUUGAAUUGGUCACACACUCAAAAGAAAGUGUUGACCCCGGGCCCGGAGGAAGUUCAUGAAAAUCCACGUGGGCGUUCUGCAAAGCUUAGAGCUGCCAUAAAACUGUGAUAGUCAAAGUUUAAGAACAUUUUCUUAAUAUCCCAAGGCUAACGGAAUUUGACAUGUAUGUGUUUUUGUAACAUUCAGUGAAAAUGUUGACAAACAAAGACGUCAUCUCAUUGUUGCUGAUAUAAAAAAUAUUCAGAAUUGGAAGGGAGAGAUUUAAAUGUGUUUAAAAUGGUAUGAUUGUUAUUUAAGACUCACUGGAACAAUGGAGACCUGCCAAAGCAGUGAGUUAAGCAUUAGCCUCCCAUCUCUAGGACAUGAGUCGAAAUCUGUCCAAAACUGAUUGGAUGAGUCACCCCAAUUGACGAAACUUGAUAAUCUCCCUGAAGAGUCAGUGCGUUGUGCAGAGAAAUGGUGAAGUCUUGCACUGAGGGAGGAGGAUACUCUUCUUGGAUGUAGGCUCAGAUACAUUAUUGGGCCAGAGAAAAGGGUGUUGCAAGAUCCAACCUGAUUGGAUGCUGCCAUUAGAGUCCAAAGAAAGCAUGUUCUAUUUCUCACAUGAACAUCCUUAACCUUUUCUUAUGCAAAAUUUGCUAAGGGAAUCAGUAGAAUGCGGAGUAUUCAAAGAUUAAAUGCUUAUUAAAGAUGUGAUAAACCUUUAUAUUCUUGGAAGUGAUCUCUUAGAUCUUAGAUCUCUUUUAUAUCUUUCCCCUCUCAUUCUAAAUCUAUGCCCUCUAGUUCUGGACUGCCCCACCCACAGAAAGGACUUUGUCUAUUUACCCUAUCCAUGCCCCUCAUGAUUUUAUAGACCUCUAUAAGGUCACCCCUCAGCCUCCAACCUUCUCGGAAAAACAGCCCCAGCCUGUUCAGCCUCUCCCUAUACCUCAAAUCCUCCAACCCUGGCAACACCUUUGGAAAUCUUUUCUGAACCCUUUCAAGUUUCACAGCAUCCUUCCGAUAGGAAGGAGACCAGAAUUGUGCGCAAUAUUCCAAAAGUGGCCUAACUAACGUCCUGUACAGCAGCAACGUGACUUCCCAACUCCUGUACUCAAUACUCUGACCAAUAAAGGAAAGCAUAACAAAAGCCUUCUUCACUAUCCUAUCUACCUGAACUCCACUUUCAAGGAGCAAUGAACCUGCACUCCAAAGUCUCUUUGUUCAGCAAUACUCCCUAGGACCUUACCAUUCAGUGUAUAAGUCCUGCUCUGAUUUAUGUAGUUCAACACCUGCAGUCAACAAAUGAGCAAGAGACAUGCUAAAAUAAAAAGCUGACCUAAUUAUAAGAGGAAUCCAGAUGCUUUGUUGAGUUAUAAAAAGCAAGAAGGGGAGACAAAAAAAAAGAAUUGCACAAAUGGAAUA